AUGACGACUCUGGAAACACUCCCAGACGAACUGCUCUUAGAGAUCAUCUCCAAGGUCGUUCUCUCCUCCACGAGGCCUGACCGCAAACUAGAGCAAUCUCCUGUCGCAGGCGUCACCAACACGAGUCGGAGGAGACUCAGGAGAGCAGAGGAGAUACCAAGCGGCAUCCACGCCGUGGCUCUUACCUCAUGUCACCUCCAUAACCUCGCGAACACUGUGCUUUAUCGCACUGUAGUUCUCAAUAGAGAGAAGGAUAUCUUCUUGUUUCGAAGAACUGUCAGGGACGCUCGAGAAGCGAGUAGGUCCGGAAGAACGGGAGACGUAGCCAUCACUUUGGCCUUCCUGCAAAAUGCUGUGAAGCGCUUUGCAAUUACAUAUGCCCCGGUGUGCAUCGAUCUCGCAUCUGUGUUCACGUUGCGAAAUUCAAACACAAAAGUGUUAAACAGCGACAUUGCCGAUAUUAUCACUGCAUGCUCUGGAGCACGCACAAUAGCCAUCCCUUCUCAGUGGGCACCCGUCCUGCGUGACGUUAGGAAAACUCCAGGGGGAUCAGAAGGAGGGGAGGCGCCGAAUAAUACCACUGAGCUUCUCCUCGGCUCCUAUGUCGAUUUCGCCAAAACGUGUUGCACAAUCCCUCCAAUUGCUCAAUGGCGAGCCUCGGCACCUUCCACACCCAUCCGUUCUCUCUCCGCGACACCAAGCACCACGCGUCCUUCAACCGCAGAUCCCAUCAUGCGACACGAGACCACCAGUACUUCGAAUGAUCCAUCCUCGGCUACGAUUUUCCACCGCAUUACCCACCUUUGCAUCGCGGAACCAGCUUAUGCAUGGUAUUCGCCGCUUGCACUUCUAAAAGUCUUCCCUUCAUUGACGCAUAUCGCACUCCCCCGUCGUGCACACGCAAACAUCGAAAAUGACGAACUCUUCAUAGAAGACGUAAAGGCGAUUUUGCAGGAGCCAAGGAUGGAGGUGAUCGUCAUCACCAUUUUCCCACAGAUACUAGUCGGGGCAGACAAAGAACAGGCUGCUGAUCAUGAUGCAAGCCGGUCGUUGGAUAUCAAGGACAGCACCAUUUGGCUCGCUGCGGAAGAGCUGAGAAAGGAGGAUGGGCGUCUGUUCAUUGUUAAUGGACACAUGGGUAGUUGGAGAAAAGAUUGGCAGGGUCCAGCGGUGGUGGCGAAUCCUCAAGGCCCUGGAAAUUGGUGGAGGAAAGUUAUGAGUGCAUAG